AUGGAACCAACUCCUGGGACAACAACUACCCAAUUUUCCCAACACUUGAUUGAAUCCUUUAAUCCGAGAAAAUUUCUGCAACAUUCGUCUCUUUAUUCGACCGAAUCCCCGGUGAUCUCCCCGGCUCUAGCUAACGAUCAUGGCCUCAUCAACAGCAAAUUCGAUGCGAAUGUAAUUUUCGUUCUCUCGGUCCUUAUGUUCAGUGUGUACACGUCUUUGGGGUUGUUUUUCAUCGUGAAGUGUGCGACUCGGUGCUCGAUUUCUGUUACCGCGAUGGAAAACGCUUCGGCCAAGUUGGCGACAGCAGGAGUUGAGAAGAACGCUUUAAAAGCGUUCCCGACGGUGAAAUAUACAUCGGAGUUGAAACUGCCGGGCUUGGACUUGGCUUGUGUUAUAUGCUUGUCCGAGUUUGUUGCCGGGGAACAUGUGCGGAUUUUGCCCCAGUGCAACCAUGGAUAUCAUGUUCGAUGCAUCGAUAAAUGGCUUAGUUGGCAUUCUUCGUGUCCUACGUGCAGGCGUUGCCUGACUGCAAUGGACCAAAACACUACUGUUGUUAACUGCAGCAGCGCAGAGGCAUUGGAACAGUCUGUUCCAAUGCAGGAAAGUGUAUAGCAGCAAGGAAGUAGAAAAUUGUGAAUGGUUGA